GCCGAGAUGUUAUUGCUCAAGCCCAGUCUGGAACUGGCAAAACAGCAACCUUCUCCAUAGCCAUUCUAGAACAACUCAAGGUUGACUUCCCAGAAUGUCAGGCCCUUGUCCUAGCCCCCACAAGAGAAUUGGCUCAACAGAUUCAAAAAGUAAUGAUUGCUUUAGGAGAUUAUAUGGGGGCACAGUGCCAUGCCUGUAUAGGUGGCACUGCUGUACGUGAUGACGUACAGAAAUUACAGAGUAGCACGGUGCAUGUGGUUGUAGGCACUCCUGGCAGAGUACAUGAUAUGAUAAAUAGAAGAGCACUAGAUCCAAGAAGUAUAAAGAUGUUCGUACUAGACGAAGCUGAUGAAAUGUUGUCUCGUGGAUUCAAGGAUCAGAUUUAUGAUGUGUUCAGAUACAUGCCUCAAGAUAUUCAGGUUAUCCUGUUGUCUGCCACUAUGCCAGAUGAAGUGUUAGAAGUAACUAAAAGGUUCAUGAGAGAACCUAUACGUAUUCUAGUUAAAAAAGAAGAAUUGACCCUUGAGGGUAUUAGGCAAUUUUAUAUUCAAGUAGAAAAAGAGGAGUGGAAGUUGGAUACUCUAUGUGAUUUGUAUGAGACUUUGACAAUUACCCAAGCUGUGAUCUUCUGUAAUACACGUAGGAAGGUAGACUGGCUCACUGAGAAAAUGUUGUCUAGAGACUUCACCGUGUCUGCCAUGCACGGAGAUAUGGAUCAGAAGGAGCGUGAUGUUAUCAUGCGUGAGUUCCGUACCGGCUCCAGCCGCGUACUUAUCACUACUGACUUGCUUGCACGUGGCAUUGAUGUGCAACAAGUUUCUCUGGUCAUCAACUACGAUCUGCCAGCCAACAGAGAAAACUACAUUCAUAGGAUUGGUCGUGGAGGACGAUUUGGUAGGAAAGGAGUUGCAAUAAACUUUAUAACUCGGGAGGACGAAAGAACUCUACGAGACAUUGAACAAUUUUAUAACACUCAAAUUGAGGAAAUGCCCAUGAACGUCGCUGAUCUCAUCUAGAUUAUUUGGCUGAUUACGAGUUGUUUCCGCGCGCUUAUUUCACUAUAAUAAAAUAUAGUCAUUGGUACCGAGAUUUGGAAUAUUGUGGAAAUUGUUGUUUACGCCCUUGGUACCGGUGAUUUCUUGAUUAUUGCAAACUUUUAGUGUCGGUUGUCUGCUUGCAGACAAAAUUAUAUAUAUUGAUUACAGUGAUACAUUGCGAGGGAUACGAUUUACAUUCAGUUGAAUACAGCGAUUUUUGAGAACAGUUGAAUUUGGACUCCCCCUGGGCAUUUAGUGCUUUUUAGGGAGAAUUUUUUUUAAUUAAUUCAAUGUUAAUGUUAUAAUAUUUGUGUAUAUACAUCAAUUGUACUUGUUAGGAAUUUCUUUAUCUAUGUAUUUUGUCAUGUGAGCUAUUGAAUAUUAGUGCGUUUCUGUGGUAAAAGAGGGAGAGUUUCCCUUUUUGGGACACGUUCCCCCCUUUGGGGGCCCCUUUCUGGGCUCUUAUUUGAUCCUUCAAAAUUUAGCCUCAGAGUUGCUGUAAAUAUAUAUAUAAUUGUUUAGUGCUGCUGUAUAUUGAGCUGUUAUUCCAAACACAACAUAUUUCACCAUAAAUACUUCUCUUACCUUUAAUUUAUUGCAGUUUUUUUAUGUUACAGUGUUUGUUUCUCUAGAUUAGAAAAAUGGAAUUGCCUCUUUAUGACCAUUGCACGGAAUGUGCCUCUAGUUGGAAGCUGGUAUAUUGUGAGGUCUACGAUAAUACAAAUCAUGUAAAGCGCUAUCAACAACAAAUAAUUCAAAGCCAUAGGUGUAUUAAAAAAUUAUAUAAUUUCAAA